AUAGGCGUCAACUGGGCACCCACUUCUAGAAGCAUUUGCUCAGAGUCCUACUGGAAAUUUCCUCCAUGAAUAUGGCUGAGGACCAGACAUUUUUUCAGGGUUGUGGACACAUGACAGACAGCCCUGGGGCAGAGUCACUGGCGUCCGUGCCACCCCAAGACACACUCAUGGAAAACUCAGACUGUGACCAGGAAACCUGGCACGUCCGGUUCAGAACAUUUAGCAGCUCAGAGGAGUCCGACUCUGUCGAGGAUCUGAGGAGACUCCGUGAACUCUGCCAUCUGUGGCUGAGGCCGGAUCUUCACACCAAGGAGCAGAUGAUGGACAGGCUGGUGCUGGAGCAGUUCAUGAUCUGCAUGCCCCUGGAGUGCCAGGUCCUGCUCAAAGAAAGUGGGGUGCAGAGUUGCAAAGCCCUGGAGGACGUGCUGAGAAAUAAGCAGAAACCCAAGAACUGGACCAUAGUCUGCAUACAAGGGCAGAAAUAUCCCGUGCGUGAUCCCGAUACUGAGAUGGUUGAAGCCAAGGCCGGUGAUAUGGAUGAUGGCAGAGACCCAUGUGGGGAGCCCCAACCGCCCUCAAGGGUCAUACCUCCAGAGGAUGGCCAGGAAGGAAGCCAAGAGCUGCAGAAUCUGCCAGGAGCCAUGAACCUAUCUAGGGAGCAGGACCAGAGAGCUCUCCUGCCAGAGACUGUUCCUGAAACAGGUGAGCUGGAGGGUCAGACGCCCAGGGAGAACUUGGAGAAGGACCUGCUGGAAGAAGGGGGAGAGACAAAAACCCUUCAAUCUAAAGAACCUGAACUUCUGAAGGGUCCUGGGAGACGUUUCCACUAUGAGUGGAUCCAGAUGAGGUCCUGUAAAGAAUCGCAGACAUGUCAAAAGGAAACGGGAGAGCAGUCCGACUUGCCAAGACGUGGAUCAAGAAGCAGCCACGUGUUUGGACCCAGGAGAGUUCUAAGGACAGCGUGGGUCCCAUUUGUUGGUGCAUCUGGCACCGUGGGACCCACCAGUCUUCCUGAGGUAGCAGAAACCCUGGGACGGGCACCCUCUGAAUGCAGGGUGUGCCAAAAGAGCUUUCCUUAUCAAUCUCAGCUUACCCUGCACCAGAGGACACACACAGGAGAGAGGCCCUUUCAGUGCGACAUCUGUGCCAAAGGGUUCAUACAGCCUUCAGACCUGCGGGUUCACGAGCGUAUCCACACUGGCGAGAAGCCCUACAGCUGUGAUCUCUGCCUCAAGAAGUUCACCCAGGACUCCACACUGUGCGCUCACAAGAGGACCCACACCCAGGAGAAGCCUUUCCGCUGUGAGCAGUGUGACAGAGCUUUCGGCCACCGAGGGAACCUCAGUGUUCACCAACGCACCCACUCUGGGCUCAAGCCCUACGUGUGCCCCAAGUGUCACACAGCCUUCCGUCAGCUGGGGACUUUCAAACGCCACCGGAAAAUCCAUUCCAGAUGACUGGCUCAGGACCCUGCCCUCAGGUCCAAGUGCCUUCUGCUCC